AUGCACUCCAAGGUCGUCAUCAUCGGUUCUGGCCCUGCCGGCCACACCGCAGCCAUCUAUGCCGCUCGCGCUGACCUGAAGCCCGUUCUCUAUGAGGGUUUCCUUGCGCUCGGCAUCGCGGCUGGUGGCCAAUUGACCACCACCGACGAGGUGGAGAACUACCCCGGCUUCAAGCACAUUCAGGGCUCUACUCUGAUGGACCAAAUGCGCGCUCAAUCCGAAGCCUGCGGCACCGAGAUCGUUUCGCAGACUGUCGGCAAGGUCGAUCUGAGCCAGCGUCCUUUCAAGUACUGGCUGCACCCCAUGGGCGACGAUGAUACCCUCGAGGAGGAGACGCACACUGCCGAUACCAUUAUUGUCGCUACCGGUGCCAAGGCGCGGAGACUGAAUCUGCCUGGCGAGGAAAAGUACUGGGGCAACGGCGUCAGCGCAUGCGCCGUCUGCGACGGCUCCGCCCCGAUCUUCCGCAACAAGCCCCUCGUCGUCAUCGGCGGUGGUGACUCGGCCGUUGAGGAGGCCAUCUACCUGACGAAGAAGGCCUCGAAGGUCUAUGUUCUCGUCCGCCGCGAUGUGCUGCGUGCGUCCAAGUCCAACGCGAAGAGACUCGAGACCAACCCCAAGGUCGAGAUCAAGUACAACACUCAAGGUGUCGAAAUCAAGGGUGACGAGAAGGCCGGUGGCCUCAUGACGCACCUUGUUGUCAAGAACAACAAGACCAACGAGACGGAGACUCUGGAUGCCAACGGUCUUUUCUACGCCGUCGGCCACGAUCCUGCUACUGCCUUGUUCAAGGGCCAGCUGGACAUGGACGAGGACGGCUACCUGAUCACCGAGCCCGGUCGUGGCCUCACCAACGUCCCCGGUGUCUUCGCCGCUGGUGACGUCCAGGACAAGCGCUACAGGCAGGCCAUCACCAGCGCUGGCGCCGGCUGCAUUGCCGCGCUUGAGGCGGAGAAGUUCAUCGUGGAACACGAAGACGAGCCCGAGAAUCCUCUCGAGGCGGAGUCUGAGACGAAGAAGUCUCAGGCCAACGGCGUCGUUCCCGAGUAUCUUCUCCGCCGCGCAGCGCUUCGCGCUGCCUCGUCCUCCAGCGCUUCCAUCGCCAUUACCGCCAGGCCGCGCACCUUCACCAGCCUCACAUCCGCCUCCGCUUUCCGUCCGCAGCAGCAGCAAUGGCUGGCCGUGAGCCAGCGCCGCUUCAACAGCGAGGAUGCCAGCUCUGUUCGCCCCAGCCAGGAAAACACCACUGAUGAAACGGUGACCUCCGAGCAGGCCACCGCCGUCGACGCCGAGACCUCUGCUGAAAGCGCCCAGACUGAGACUGCGGCGUUUGGCUCCGCACCCCAGCCGGAGCGACAGGUCAACCGCAGGCCAUACACGCAGGUGGAUGAGAAUCAGAAGACGCUCUACGUCGGCAACCUGUUUUACCAGACGACCGAGGACCACCUGAGACAGGAAUUCUCGCGUUUCGGCAACAUUGUCAAGACGAUGAUCGUCCGGGAUCCCGCUGGUCUUAGUAGAGGGUUCGGCUACGUCGAGUUUGACUCCACCGACAGCGCCACCGAUGCUCUGGUGCAGAUGAACCAGCGCGUUCUCGAUGGCCGGCGGCUGACGGUCCAGCACCACAAGAGGCGUGGACCGGAGGACCGCCAGCGUAAACGCGCCGACCUAGGGCCGAACCCGCCCAGCAAGACGCUCUUCAUUGGAAACAUGUCGUUUGAGAUGAGCGACCGCGACCUCAACGACCUGUUCCGCGACAUCCGCAACGUCCUCGAUGUGCGUGUCGCCAUUGACCGCCGCACCGGCCAGCCCCGCGGCUUCGCCCACGCCGACUUCCUUGACGAGACCAGCGCGACCAAGGCCAUGGAGGUUCUCAAGCACAAGGAGAUCUACGGUAGGCGCCUGCGUAUUGACUACUCCCGCUCGACCCCAAGUCAGUGA